UGUGGCUCAGGAAUUCUCCACAGACCUCUCUCUCUCGCUUCCUUUCACUCACUCUCUUUGUCUUUAAAUAAGAAGUGGUAACCGUAGGUUUAACUCUCUCUUUGUCUUUAAAUAAGAAGUGGUAACCGUAGGUUUAACUCUCUGGGAUAUUUCUCUCCACCACCAAACCCGUGUUGUAUUUGACCAUGGGAGUCGUAGGAGGGAUCAAAUGCAUCAAAUACCUGAUGUUCAUGUUCAACUUCCUCUUCUGGUUGGCAGGAACAGGAGUGUUGGCUGUGGGGCUGUGGCUGCGUUUUGACUCUCGGACGGAGGGACUAUUCAGUGGAGAGGACUCUCCUUCAGUCUUCUUCACCGGUGUGUAUAUUCUGGUCGCUGCGGGGGCGUUGAUGAUGGUUGUUGGGUUCCUGGGUUGCUGUGGAGCCAUUAAAGAAUCACCUUGUAUGCUCGGACUGUUCUUCUUCUUCCUGUUGUUGAUCUUUGGGGUGGAGGUAGCAGCAGGGAUCUGGGGCCUCUCCAACAAAGACACGGUGGUGGAUGACAUCACAGAGUUCUACAAGCAGACGUACAAUAACUACCAGAACACCAAGCAGGAGGCCCUGAAGGAGACACUACGCCUCAUACACUUUGGGCUGAACUGCUGCGGCCUGACAGGCACGGUGAUUGACAACGCCAGGGAGACCUGCCCCAAGAAGGACGGACUGGAGGCCCUGAUCACCACGAGUUGCCCUACGGCCAUUGACGAGGUGUUCAACUCUAAACUCCAUAUCAUUGGAGGAGUGGGCAUCGGCAUUGGAGUCCUCAUGAUCUUUGGGAUGAUCUUCAGUAUGCUGCUGUGCUGUGCCAUCAGGAGGUCCCGUGACAUCAUGUAGACACACCCCCUCCCAUUCUGUGCCCUUAACUUAUCUGUGUGUCUGUCCUCAAUAGAUGUUUAAUGCUCACUAGGUUUGUACUGCCGUUAGGAUUAGGGUUAGUUAGCAGUGUUAGGCUGGCAGCCAACCAGCCAGCCAGUCAUUCAGCCAACCAACCAGCCAGUCAUUCAGGCUCUACCCUGGAUGGAAACUCAGUCUCCUGUGAAUGUGUGGAGCUGUGCUGAGGUUUCAGGCUGAGUAACAUUAAUGUAACAUGAUCAGAGUGACGUUUCAGCACUGUAGAAGCAAAACGCCUUCAAAUCUCACACAAUUUAAUCUGUUGUAUGUGCUUUUAAAACCUAACUCUGUUUUUGCUCAUAUCGCCUGUUUGUUCAGCUACAUGGAACUUUAAGAACUUUAUGAGUGAAAACUGAUUUUAUAAAGAUUUUUAUUGCAACUAUUUUGAUGAACAAAGAUCUGUAUAUCUUUGACUUGCCAAAUAAAAUGAACUAAUAUGGA